AUGCAUCCCGACUUGUCCAAUAGCAUACGUGUUCCACUGGUCAAUAUUUCACGACGCGGUAUACAGCACACAUGGCGUUCACCUCCACAUGUUGUAGAUCCGUGCAACGGGGUCCAGUGUCACCAAUAUGGUGUAUGUGAACAUGGACGUUGUCGUUGCAUCAAAGGUUACGAAGGGGAUGGAGUGUUUGAAUGCCGUUAUCGA